AAGGAUGCGCCCUUGAAGUUUAUUGGCUAUCUCUUGCCAUGUGUAGAUCUUCUCCAUUAUUUUCUCUCUAAUCUUAUCCAUGAGAUCAACCACCGGAAGGUCUUUGUAAUCCUUAAUCCAAUUGUUGAAGCAUUCUGAUAUGUUAUUGUUAACAUAAUCAACUUUGCAUUAUUUGGAGAAUUUAGAUCUGCUCCAUAUCAGCUUGUGAUGAUUGUUUAGAAAGGCUAUUGCUUUAGGACAAGAAGUUGCAAUUUUCUCCAUCAAUGCAUCAUGCCUACGAGUUGUACAUGCCCAUGCACAAGGCCACAUGUACUUCAGCACCUCACCUUUGUACUUUGUUCUAAAAUUAGCCAUCAGGUGUCUAAAACACUCACGGUGCUCUACCUCACCUUUGAAUACUUUAUUGACAGCAUAUGCUAAUCCUUUACAAGCAUCAGUGUGGAUUGUUAACCCAGGUGGUAAAGUGCCAAUUGCUUUCUUCAGGUUGCCCAUGAACCAGGCCCAAUUGGCAUUUGUUUCCUUCCCAAAAAUCCCAUAUGCAACUGGAUACAUCCUGUUAUGUCCAUCAAUGGCAGUUGCUGUAGCUAAUUACCCAUUAUACUUUCCAGUCAAGUGAGUAGAAUCAAUGCCAAGAUAUGGUCUGCAUCCAGACAAAAAACCAUCAACACAUGCUUUAAUGCACACAAACAUUCUUGAAAAGUGCAUUUUUUCAUUGAUCUUCUUGCAAUCAAUCUCAACAAUGCUUCCUGGGCAAGUUUCUUCUAGAGCUGCUUUGAAUCUCCAUAACAUUGUGAAGCUCUCCUCCCAAGUACCAUGAAGAACAAGUGUGAUCAGUCAAUUUUGAGAGUUUGACCACCAUGAAUGUGUUGCCACCAUGAAGUUUCUUUGCAAAAACUCUGCAACCGCAGUUUUCAUCUCCACAUCUUGCCCUGUAUCUUUCUCUGUCACUAUGUUCAACCCUAGUCUCAAACUCAUUCUUUAUGGCAUAUGUUCUCAUAGUCGAGAUAAACUCUUCCUUAUCUCCAAACGUGUCUCCUUCCUUAAUGACUGGAUUCUCUUUAUCAUGAAUUGUGUGAGGAACAUUGUAAUCAUCUACCAUAGCAGCCUCAUUAUCAGGAACACAUUCAGUAUCAAAUUCUGGAAUAAUCCUUGUCCUCUUCCUUUUCUGCAACUCUUCUUCAAUAUUUUCUACUGGCUGUGCAUCAUGAAUAGCAGAAUCUACAUUGUUGAAGUACCUCCACUCUUCGUCUACUCCAGUUGGCUCAUCUACAUUGCAAGUUAAGAAGCUGACCAUCUGAAGUUAACUUGCAUGUCAAAUGGGGCCCUGUUACAACCCAGAAAUUUGCCCUUUGGUUGUUGUCCCAGAAAUAUCCUUCUCUAAUAAUAUCCUUCUCGAGAUCAAUGACUGCAUAUUGUUCCGAAUCAACAAUCCAUCUUAUGAUCCGACCCCGAUUGUACACCUUCUUACCAUCUCUAGUGCUGAAGUAUGAGUUGGCAUUGACCUCUAUUUUACAAGCAUUCUUUGGAUCAAUCCUACAAUAUGCAAGCCACAAACAUAUGGAACAGAUAUAAAUACCAGCAAAAUAAUUACAAAUUCGAAGAAUCCAAAGCGGGUGAGAGGGGAUUACCCUUCUGGAACUUCAGUAGCAUCCAUCCCUACUCAAAUCCACGAUUCCUUAUCCCAGCACUACAGAAUCCUUAAAAUCUAGGGUUUAUAUUUUCAAAAAAAAAGGUAGAGUUUAGACAAAGCACGAGAAGGAGAUGAACAGCAGAAAACAAGAGGGAAAGGAGAGCCUGCGGAGCUGCUGUGCCGGGGGCGCGCGCCGCUGGGAGGCACGCCGCCGCCAGCUUGGUGGUCGCGCUCCUCCCUGGGCGUGCGUGUGUUCCUCUAGGGGAUGCGUGUCUGCCUGCUUUGGGCCUGGGGUGGGCUGCGUGCGUGGGUUGGGGGUGGGUUUUGUGAUUUUCUUUUUUUUAAUCAGCAGCUAACGGAGCAGCUAACGCCAAUGCUAGAAAUCAACAACGGAACACUUUUUGGGUGGUAGUUUUCUAUACUUCGAACUUUCAAUGUAUUUUUCUAAACUUUGAACCUUUUAAUGGUAUAGAUCCAAUUUUCCCAACCAACAUCGAUCUGUCUUCUCAAAUGCUGAUGCAGGUGAGACUUGAAGGGCGGACUGACUUUUGCUGGCUUUGUGAGAAUCCACAGAAGCUGGUGGUUCCCUUCGAGAUGCGUGGUUACCAGGGUGUCUACAAUUUAGAAAGAAGGAUUUAUGAUGGGGCUGUGAGGGGCCUUACACCCAUUCAAGGUCCGCUGCCCGUCAAGUUCCCUCUUCCUGAUCCAAGAGAUGGCUUCUCUCUCAAGCCAGGAUCCCUCACAUUCAUUGAUGCUCCCAAGUCCGCGCUACAAAAGUCCCCGAGUGUUACCGCAGCCAUAGCCGGGGCUCGAGCGGCAGCUACUCAGUUCUCAAACAAGGAUCACAAUGCCGCCGCUACUAGUACUAGUCAUGUGCGAGAGCAAUGCUCAGGUAAUGGUAAUCUGCUGCCAUCUACUGCCCAGGGCCAGGGGAGCACUGCAGCCUACUCGCAGAACCCGGAUGCCGAGUCUCUGAGGCGUCCGAGACUAGAAUAUGGAUCGGAGCUUCCUUCCAAUAGGCUUGUUGCAGUGGCACUGAGGGAACUGAAGCAAUUAAGCGUGAGCGAGAGAGGAGGAGGGCAACCAGUUGGCAGAAGCUGACCAGGCCGAGGAGUAACUCGCUUCCAUCCUUGUAGUGUAAAACAAACAUACUGGUAUGCAUGUCAUGGCAUUUGGUCCAGCUUGCUAGUAUUAUGUCAGUUUCUGGGAAUGUUGGUAGAUGGUGGCAGCACGCUGUGCUUUCCUGUAGGAGCCAAGUACUUGCUGUAUUUGGGUAGAAAAUAUAGGAGUUAGGAGUAGAUAGAUGGUGAUCCCGGCAGGGGAUGGAAUGGUCUUGUGUUGUGUGGAUGUGGAUUCGGUCACUCAUGAAAAUGUUCAGCAAUUCCAGGAAUGCAGCAGGCAGGAUAGAUGGUUGUUUC